CAUUGACCCAGCAGUGCACGUGACUUUGUUGAAAAAGUUCAUCUCGAAAACAGAUAUGGAUUUUUUUUUUUUUCAAAUUAUUACACUUAUUUGCAGUAAUAGAGCAUUUUGAAUAUGAAGUCAGUUAGAUAUCAGCCCAAUAUAAUCAUCACCGGUACUCCUGGAUGCGGGAAGACCUCCCAUAGCUCGAAUAUAACCCAGACCUUGGGAGAAUCCUACAAACAUUACAAUAUAAGUGAAUUAGCAAAGGAACGUGAUUGCAUUGAAAAAUAUGAUGAAAAAUUGGAUACCCAUGUUGUUGAUGAAGAUAGGUUAUUAGACCUGAUGGAAGAAGAUUUGAGAGAAGGAGGAUCAAUUGUUGAUUGGCAUUGUUGUGAUAUUUUCCCUGAAAGAUUGAUAGAUUUGGUUAUAGUUUUGAGAGUUAGUAAUGAUAUAUUAAUUAAUAGAUUGAAUAAAAGAGGGUAUAAGGAUAAUAAGAUACAAGAAAAUUUAGAUUGUGAGAUUAUGGAAGUUGUGUUACAAGAUGCUAAAGAAGGGUACCAGCCGGAAAUUGUUAUUGAGUUAGAGUCCAAUGAUGUCGAGCAAAUGGACUCAAAUGUUGAUAGAAUAGUAGGAUGGGUGGAGAACUGGGUGAAAGACCAUCCUGACGGGGUUACCAAUGAGAUUGACGAGUCCGUAUCGCAAUUGAAGAAGAUUGAUCAGGAGUUUGAAGGCAGUGAAGAAGAAGAAGAAGAAGAGGAAGAAGAGGAAGAUGACGAUUUUGAAGAAGGGUCCGAAGACGACGACGAAGAAGAUGAUUACGAAGAAGAUGAAUAAACCUUUUAUUGAACACUAAUAUACAAAAGAACUGAAAGAAGCGUAUGUAACCUUAAACCCAAGCUGAUAACAUUUUUUGAAGAUAGUAAAUGAAGAAAACCACGAGUAAAACCACUGCAGCAUAAUAACCUUUGGUGGCUGCUAUAUAACUCCAUUUUU